AUGGCGCCCAGCUCCUGCGGGCUGGCACGGCCCGGCCCCCGCUCACACGCUGCUCUCAGCAGGGUCCUCCGAGCCCAGCUGCCGCCAACGGCCUCUGAAAGAAGCGAAGGGAUGUGUGACGCUGUGUUGGGCUCAGGGACACGCCUCAGACCCCGAGAGCCCCUUCUGGCAGAUCCCAGCCUCCCUGACCUGCAGCCCCAGCAGAGGCCGCCUCUUCCAGGGAGCCCCUCUGACUUCUUGGGCCCACACCACCCGGCCCCCGCGCCCCGGGGAGGGGUGGGCCACGCUGAGGGGACCUCUGCUUCCUGCUCCUUCCGGACGGCCGCGCUCGGCCACUUCCUGCUCCCGCUCCUCCGCUCGGGCCGCGCGCGGCCCGCGCCCCGGCCCUGCCGGCCGCGAACAAAGCGGCCGGGGCGCGAGGAGGAAAUCCGGGCCCCGGCGGGCGGCGGGCGGCGCGCGGCGGGCGGGGACUCACCGGGCGCCGCGUCCGGCGGGAGCGCGGGCCUAGCCGGGCCGCGGCCUCCGGCGCCCGCCUCUCCGCAUCCCAGCGGGCCGGCCGGCCGCGGCCGGGCUGGAGGCCGCGGCGGGCGCUGCUCGGGCGGGCCUCGCGCGCCGCCGGACCCGGGGCUCGUGCGCGGCCGCCGGCUGGCUCCUCGGGGCUGCGCUGGCUGCGCUGGCUGCGCUGGGCCGGCCGCCCGCCCGCCCGCCGCGCUCCGUCCCGCCGGCCCGCCCUCUCCCCGCCCCGCGCCCGCCCCGCCCGGCCGCCCGCCCACAUCCGCCUCCGCCGCCCGGGGCGCCCCCGCCGCGGGCCGGGCGGCGAGGGCGCGGCGGCGGGAGCGCGCGGCGGGCGGCCCUCGGGGCCCGGCCCGCGAGCGGAGCCCGGCCGCCGCCGCCCCGCCGCGCCGCCGGGGCCUGUCCGCGGGCCACGUCCUCUCUGGCCUCGGUUUCCCACUUGGUCCCGGGAGCUCGCCCUCCUCGGCCCAGUUCUGCCCCGACCCGGUCCGAAUCCCCCCGCUUCUGCCUGCGGUGUUGGGCGUGGGGGGUGUCGGAGGUUUCGUCAGAGUGAUCCUAAGCCCCCCACCCGGCUUCCUCACCAUUGGCGCGUCUCCAAGAGGCCCCCUGCCUGCUCCACCACCUGCUGCAAGCCCCGCACCCCGCUCCGUGAGCACCCCUCUGUCUGCGCUGGUCCAGGCUGUCUGUGCCCGUACGGAAGGUCAGUGUGAGGACCCAGCUUCCCGGCCCCCCUCAGCUGAGGUUGUGAAGAGCCCCUUAGCCAGAUAUUUCCAACAAAAACUGCUGCACUGGCCCCCGGGGGAGGAUGGCCACCUGCCCCUUCUAGAGCGCAGGGUCCUCGGGCCCUGUCACCUUCUGCAGCUGCCGGCCGUCGGGCAGGACACAGGGGCCCGUUCCCCGGGCUGCCAGGGCAUCGCCCGCGAGGUGGCCGGAGGCCAGGUCGCGGCUGCGUCUUGCGGUGCCUUGUCCUGGCGCUGGUCGGAGAGGAGCGCCCCGGAUGGCGGCGCGGCCCAGGGAAGGGGCGGCGAGGGUGACCUCAGCGGUUCCGCCGCUCCGGGAAGUCGCCUCGGCCCGCCCCCUCCAGCCCCCGCCCGGAGUUGCGCUCUCUGCGGGGCGGGGCGGGGCGAGCGGCGGGUGGUGCCGAGCCGGCCAAGUUGCAGCGCGCUCCGCCCGGGCCCUCCCCGUCCCCGUCCCGUCCCCGUCCCCGUCCCCGUCCCCGCGCCCUCCCCGCCGGGGCGCGCUGCCCGGAACUCCGCACGCGCCGGGGCGGCACCGGGGAGGGCGCGCGGCGCGGGCAGCGGCCGCCGUGGAGCUCGGGGCGGCGGAGGUGAGCGCGGGGGGCGGGCGCCCGGCUCCGCCCGCCCCGCCCGCCGGCCCGCUCCCGGCAGCCGCGCUGCCAUAAAUGGGGCCCGCGGCGGCGGCGGCGGCGGCGGCAUCUGGCGGGCCGGGCGGCGGCUGGAGGCGCGGGCCGGGGGCGGCGGCGCGGCGGCUCGGGCGUCGGGGGACGCGGCGGGCGGCCGCCUCGGAGUGAAGUUCAGGGGCGCCCCGGGCGCGGACGCGCGCAGGUCCGCUCGGCGCUGGCCCCCGCCGCCCGUGGCCCGGGACCCGCCCCCGCGGAGCCGCUUCUGUUUACUUUCGGUCGAGUUUUUCCUGCUCGGGGCAGGUGCCCAGGGCGGCUCCCGGCGGGCAGUUCCGCGCGGCGCCCGGCGCCUCUCUCCUCGCACCGCCGUCCCCGGGAGGUGCUGGUCGGGCGCCCGGGGGCGAGCGGCAGCCGCCGCGUCUCCAGGCGCGCUCACGGGCGUCCCGUUUGUGCCCAGGUGA